CUCCGCGCGCCGGAGCCCGGAGACUCCCGGCUGUGUCCCCUCUCUCCGGCUCGUGACAACGAAGCGUCCGUGAUUUGAGGUGGCGGCGGCGGCGGCGACGGUGCGGGCCGGCUGAACGCGGGAGGGAGCCGGCCUCGCGGCCUGCCGGGCCUCUUAGCUCUGCACUCAGCCCACCCCCCCUCUCGGCGCUUCCGUUACUGCCGUUAGUCGGGCGCGGGCCCCGGGCCGUUCCCGAGCCUGAGCACCCGCCGGCUCCGUCGCUGUCUUCGAGAGCUGCCCUGACGGACCUCGGCGCGGCCUGGAAGUCAGCUUCUGCCCGAGCUCGGAGUCCCGCGCUCGGUGGGCUCCGCUCGGCCGCAGCCCGGGAAGCCCCGGUAUCCCGGGGUCCGCGCUCCGGAUUUAGGACGCCUCGCUGGCCGCUCCGGCCGCCGGCUUUUAAGAAGCACCUUGCUCGACGGCCAGCUCUCCAGAGCAGCGUCCGAGCCUCGGAUCGGUGCCGCCAGUCCCGGUGGGGCGCUCGGUAGCCGCCCCUCUCGGCGCCGCCCGAGUUGCUUCUUGGACGUGGAGUUGGCAUUUCUCCGCUUCCUCCCCGGCGGGCGCGGCCGACGAGCCCCCCUACACCCGGGGCGGGGACCCCCGCCAUGGGCCGCCCGCCCACCCGCAGGCAGGGCUUGGCAGCCGGCCGCUAACCACACGGCAGCCCGGGGUCCCUGUCGGCCCGGCCGGCAAUGAAGACCGCCGCGGGGAGGCGUCUGCAGUCCGCGACGGCGCUGGGGACAAAGAAGCCAUGCAGUGACACCUGCUAAGACUUGUUUGGUAGCCAUGUCGGAGCCCCACAGGGUCCAGUUCACCUCUCUCCCAGGUUCUCUGAAUCCUGCAUUUUUGAAGAAGUCUCGAAAAGAGGAAGUUGGGGGCACAGAGCAGCAUCAGGACUGUGAGCCAGCUGCAGCAGCUGUUCGGAUUACACUCACCCUCUUUGAGCCAGAUCACAAACGCUGCCCAGAGUUCUUCUACCCUGAGCUGGUGAAGAAUAUACGUGGGAAGGUGAAAGGCCUUCAACCCGGAGACAAGAAAAAAGAUCUGUCAGAUCCUUUCAAUGAUGAAGAAAAGGAAAGGCACAAAGUGGAAGCUCUGGCACGGAAAUUUGAAGAAAAAUAUGGUGGAAAAAAACGUAGAAAAGACAGAAUACAGGACUUGAUUGAUAUGGGGUAUGGUUACGAUGAAUCAGACUCCUUCAUCGAUAACUCUGAAGCGUAUGAUGAGCUUGUUCCUGCUUCUUUGACCACCAAGUAUGGAGGAUUUUACAUUAACUCCGGAACCCUGCAGUUUAGACAAGCAUCGGAAUCGGAGGAUGACUUUAUUAAAGAAAAGAAGAAAAAAUCCCCAAAGAAGCGGAAGUUGAAGGAAGGUGGUGAGAAGAUAAAGAAGAAGAAAAAAGAUGACACUUAUGACAAGGAGAAGAAAUCGAAAAAGUCCAAGUUUUCCAAAGCCGGCUUCACAGCCCUCAAUGCCAGUAAGGAGAAGAAGAAGAAGAAAUAUUCUGGGGCGCUAAGUGUUAAAGAAAUGCUGAAGAAAUUUCAGAAGGAGAAGGAAGCUCAGAAAAAGAGGGAGGAGGAGCAUAAGCCUGUAGCUGUGUCUGCAUCAGAAGCUCAUGGUCUGCGGGAACUGGAGAGUGCCUCUGACCCCUUGCUCUCUCUCUUUGGCUCCACUUCUGAUAAUGACUUGCUCCAGGCUGCCACUGCCAUGGACUCACUGACUGAUUUGGAGUUGGAGCAUCUGCUCAGUGAGUCUCCAGAAGGAAGCCCUUUUCAAGAUGUGGAUGAUGGAAGCGAUUCCCUUGGGGUGGGACUGGAGCAAGAAUUUAGGCAGCCCUCUUCCCUCCCUGAAGGCCUGCCUGGGCCCCUGGAGAAGCGCAUUAAGGAGCUGGCUCAGGCUGCCAGAACUGCUGAGGGAGAGAGCAGACAGAAGUUCUUCACCCAGGAUAUGAAUGGCAUCCUACUGGACAUAGAGGUGCAAACUCGGGAGCUGAGUAGCCAAACCCGUUCUGGGGUAUAUGCCUAUCUUGCCUCGUUCCUGCCCUGCAGCAAGGAUGCUCUGCUCAAACGUGCCCGCAAGCUUCACCUCUGUGAACAGGGUGGGCGUCUGAAGGAGCCUCUCCAGAAGCUCAAGGAAGCCAUUGGCAGGGCAAUGCCUGAGCAAGUGGCCAAGUACCAGGACGAAUGCCAGGCCCACACACAAGCCAAGGUGGCCAAGAUGCUGGAAGAAGAGAAAGACAAGGAGCAAAGGGAACGAAUUUGUUCUGAUGAGGAAGAAGAUGAAGAAAAGGGUGGCAGAAGGAUAAUGGGGCCCCGGAAGAAAUUCCAGUGGAAUGAUGAGAUCAGGGAGCUGCUGUGCCAAGUGGUAAGGAUCAAGCUGGAGAGCCAUGAUCUGGAGAGGAAUAAGGCCCAGGCUUGGGAAGACUGUGUGAAGUCAUUUCUGGACACUGAGGUCAAGCCUCUGUGGCCCAAAGGCUGGAUGCAGGCCAGGACUCUGUUUAAAGAAAGUCGACGAGGUCAUGGACACUUGACAUCAAUCCUGGCCAAGAAGAAAGUAAUAGCCCCUUCUAAAAUCAAGGUGAAGGACUCAUCCACUAAGCCUGAUAAAAAGGUUUCUGUCCCAUCAGGACAGAUUGGCAGCUCUACUGCUUUGCCCUCAGAACACCAGGGGGGAGGCCUGAGCCUUGGGGCUGCCAGCAGAGAACUCCCAUUGCAGGUGUCUGGUGGCCUUGUUGAUCCUGCUCCUGUCCAUCUGGAGGACUCAUUGGAUGAAGACUUGGUCCGGAAUCCUGCCGCCUCGGUAGAAGCCGUGGCCAAGGAGCUGGCCGUACUCAGUGGCAGAGCAUCUGGAGGCUCAGAGCUCACGUUGCCCGCACCCUCCAGGACACCGGCAGACAGAGGCUCUGGUGCUUUGUGCAUGGAAGAGAAAAGGAACUUUGUGAAGUCCAGUCCUUCCACACCCUCCCCUGUUAGCACUCUGCAGUCGCCGCUCAAUUUUCUGGCUGAGCAGGCUCUAGCACUUGGGCAGUCCUCUCAGGAGAAAAAGCCAGAGAGUUCUGGCUACAAAGAGCUGUCCUGCCAACCUCCCCUCAGCAAGGGCCUGCCUGAAGCACAUCAGGCCAAAGCAAAGCACCACAGCCUGUCACGGACGUCUCACGGAUCCCAGGCAGCAGCUCCCGUGCCUGGCCCCCAGCUCAAAGUCUUUCACGCGGGCUCCCAGCCACAGAAAAGCUUCACUCCACCAGCCCCGUUUGUCAACAAGCUCCAGGGCCCCAAGGCCUCCUCCCCUCAGUGUCACCGUUCUCUGCUACAGCUGGUGAAGACGGCUGCCAAAGGCCAGGGCUUCCAUGCCCCCACAGCAGCCUCCUCGGGAGGCCCACCCUCCUCAAGCAGCAGCUCUCAUAAGAGCUCGGCCUCCUCCUCCACUGCCCUGAGCCAUGCAGUGAAACCGCACCCAGCCAUGUCUGCAGGGCCAUCAUACAAGAAUAACCCCUUCUCCAGCUCUGUCUCCAAACAUGGGGCAUCUUCUGGCAGUCCUUCCUCUGGAGCUGUGCCCACACAGAGCUCUGGAUCUGGGAGCCUACUCCCCAGCAUGCAGCCCCCCUCUACAGGGCAGCCCGCCAACCGGCCUGUCCCAGGCUCAGCAGUGAAAAAGCCACCUGUGUCCCAGAAGCUGACCCUGGUGGCCCCUCCUGGUGGUCCAAAUGGGGAUUCCAGUGGUGGGACCCAGGGAGUGGCAAAGUUACUGACCUCAUCCCUGAAGCCCGCUGCGGUUAGUAGCGUGACAUCGUCUACCUCCCUGCCAAAAGGAACAGGUGGGGCUGUGCUGCUGACCAGCUCCUCUCCCUUAAACCUGCUGUCUUCAUCCUACAAGUCCAGCAGCUCCAAGCUGCCGGGGGCCAUGAACUCUAGUUCGCUGGGGAUCAUAACCCCAGUCCCAUUCCCAGUGCACAUGCUCUCCUUCAGUGCGGACUCCUCUGCCAAAGCAGGGGUCUCCAAAGAUGCCAUUGUCACCGGCCCAGCCCCUGGGACCUUCCACCAUGGCCUCAGCCACAGUCUUCUGGCUGGCUUGCAUUCCAGCCCGCCCCACGCAGCGCCUCUCCCACACGCUGCUGUGUCCACUCAUGUCCCGCAGAGUCUGCCAGAUGCCUCUCAGCUUCACGGGAAAGGGCCUGGAGUAUCACGGAAAUUGUGACAGCAUCAGAGGACAGACAUAACUGAUGCCUCUGGAUGAAAGCCCAACACAUAGGUCUCAGAUGAUGGAUGCCUGCCACGCUUGUCCUUCUUGCUGGUUUUCUCCUGGAAGCACUUGUAUGCGCCUCCCACUAAGCACUUACUGACCUGGCACUCCGGGCUUCUGUUGCUGGGUGGCGAUGGAGGGGCAGUUUUGGGCUGGGGGGUGUGAGGCUGUCAUAGGAAUCCCUGUGUCUGUGAGCUCUACUGGCAGAGCAGUUGACACAGCUGUUCUAGUUCUCCAGUGUCCUGGCAUUUGGUCCGGGAGCCUCAGCACCUUAUCAGUUAAGGGCCCCUGGCCACAGGAGCCUCUUGUCCCCAGGCUGUGUGCUCAGAAGGACAAGACCUGGGCCAGAGCCACAGGUGGGAGACCUGAUCUCCUUGAAAAAUACUCAGAACAUCCAAUGUGUGCUCACAGGGGGCCAGCCCGCCUCUGAACAUGACAGUGAAGGUCUUCUAGAGAAAGACCUUUGUCAAUUCAACAAGACAGCUGUGGGCUCAGUUUUCAUCCUUACCAUUGAAUGCAUUGGAUAGAACGGGGCUGCCCUUCACACAUCACAUUAUAGGAAGACAUAAUCCCAGUGCCUUUAUGGUGGAGCAGAAUUUGACAACACAGGUCCAUUCAGCCCAAGUGGAUCUGACUUGAUGUUUUUAGAAGAUACGUCUAUGUUUAAGACAGUUUUAUUUCAUUGAGGUUUUAUUGUUGCAUAGCCUGUAGCCUGUGUUGUCCUGACUUGAAGGUUGUCUGGGUCCGCAGAUCCCCGGUCCCAGCCCAGCCAGGGCUCCUGUUUUAUUUUUCCAGAGUUGGUGCAGGUGGACUGCAGAUCCCAAAGCCCUUUGUGUGAGGGCCGAGGGGUUCUGAGUCACAGAUAGACAUUCCGGUUGUCUUGUAGAAAUUCUUCAGCAGAGCUGCAGGGCAGGCCUCUGAAGUGUCUGCUAGGUAGGGCAGGCCUGGAAGUGCAGCGCUCCCCAGGCAGCGGUUUUGGUGUUGACUCGGGGUGCGCAGAGUAGCUAGAGAGUGGAUUGGAGACCGGCGAGGACAGUGACUACAGAGUGCCCAUCACCAGGCUGGCCACACUCCCCUAGUAGCCAUUUUACACAGGCAUUCUGAGUCUGUGCCACACAGUGGGUUUGGCUGGUCCAGCCAGGCAGUGCAAGAUGAGAGUAUUGGGCAUCUCAGCAGCACCUGUGGGGGACAUGGGUGCUGAUGCUCAGUCUCUCCUCCCCUCCCCUCUUCUGGGAGCAAGACCUCUGUCAGCUGUUUGGUCUGGCCUCUGCUCUGACCCCUUUUGUAUGGAAGAACCAAUCUGUUUCACAUUGGGUCACAUGGAUUCCUUAUCCCUUUAUUAUAUAUAUUUUUUGCCACUUGGAUCUCCAGUUUGUUUACAGAAUAGUCUUAGGUAGUAGCAAAAGAGCCAAAGAAGAGAUUUGUAUAGCCGAGCUCGAAGCCGAGCCGAGGCCAUCAGCAAAGGCUCCUCUGCCCGAGACCACCGGGCCCCGCCCCCGUCGGUGCUCCCUCCUCUAGUGCCAGAGCGUGCAGCUGGAGCAGGAUGCCCUCAUCUUUAGGAAUCUAGUGAUGCCUCUUGCCUCAGGGAAAUGUUUCUUUGAUGGGGAGUUUGAGAUUUCCUUUUCUUGUUUAUGCUUUAUUUGUGGUAACGAACGAAUGAGUGACUUGAACAGCCACGGCAAGGCAGGUCUGCCGCCAGCUGCAGCAGAGGUGGGCCGACUCAGAGCACUUAGUGGGUGUGGCUGUGUCUUAGGUGUGAGAGGGGCUGUGGCUUUUGUGCAGCGACUAUGUUGGUGUUAGGGGGUGGUAUGGAAAUUGUUAAUCUUGUAUAAAGCAACUCAAUAAAUUGUUUCAAGGUUUCCAAA